GAGGGAGCGAGGAGGGGCCAAGACCGGAACCCAAAUCAUGGCUUAGGGAAAAGGGCAUUUGCCAGUGGAAGGAAGAGGGAAAGAGAAAAGAGUGAGAGGAGGAAAGGCCCAUUGACCCAAGCCCCCGGAGCCUCGUGCCAGAGAAAGGAGGGGAGAGAGAGAGGAGCGAGGUUUCAGGUGCAGAGGAGAACGUGCCCUAUAUGAGCAGAUCUGGAUCUAUCGACACACUACCACUCUCUCCUGCUUUAAACGACCAAAGCAGAGAGAAGGAGAGAGGGAUAGAGAGAGGAAAGAGGCCAUUAGAAUCGUCGCCAAACCAUACUGGGCGAAGCAAUAAGUGAGCCGAAGAGGGCAGGAUAAUUGAUAGGCCGUUGCUGGUGACUCGCAGCUUUCCACUCUUCUCUCUGAUCUUUGGGAAUGGAGUUGGCCAGUAGCUCAGGGCUGCACUGUUCUUCUGAGAGUAAGAGAGAUAAAGGAGGGAGGGAAGAGGACUCUAGAGUAGCAGUGACCACGAGUGCCAUAGAAAGCAGCAGCCUCGCAGCAGCGGCAGCUGCUCUUUUUUAUUAGACAAACAAAGCUCAAGCCGGUGCAGAAGUGAGUUAAUAAAAGAAGAAAAGAGGAGGAGAAAUAGGAAGCAGUAAAAGAAGAGGAGGAGUCUUUUGUUCUAAAAUUCCAUGGACGCCUACGAGGCGACGAGGAUCGUGUUCUCGAGGAUCCAGAGCCUGGACCCGGAGAACGCCGCCAAGAUCAUGGGGCUUCUUUUGAUCCAAGACCACGGCGAGAAGGAGAUGAUCCGCCUCGCCUUCGGCCCCGAGGCCCUCGUCCACUCCGUCGUUCUCAAGGCCCGCAAGGACCUCGGCCUCGUCCCCCCCUCCACCCCCGCCACCCCCUCCGCCGCCGUAGCCUCCCCAUCUCCAUUCCUCCUCCCCCGCCAGAACUCCACCCGCCUCGGCCUCGCUCCCCCGCCGCCGCUCUCCGUCUCCUCCCCCUCCUCCUGGGCUCCGCCCCCCGUCUUCUCCCGCACCAACAGCAACGGCAGCGCUCUCAACGGCUCCGCGGACGACGUCCUCGUCCAGAACCCCGCUGAUGAGCUCAUAAGCCCAUGCAAUCCAGUCGUCGCCUCGCCGUUCCACGGCGCGGGAGACCUCAUCGACGAGUUCCAGCUCCAGGACCAGCUCUCUUUCCUCAACGACGCCCAGGUCUCCUCCCCCCUCCCCAUGGGCUCCAAGUCCGCCGCCGCCAACGACCUCUUCUACCAGGACGUCGAGUGCCGGAGCCCGAGUGGCGACGGGAACGGGAUGCUCUACCCCUACGGGGUCGGUUGGGGGGCCAACGGCCACCACCGCCGAAGCUGCUCCGUCACCGACCUUUGCCUCGGCGCCGACCCCACCGGCACCUUCGGGUGGAAGCCCUGCCUCUACUUCGCCAGGGGCUACUGCAAGAACGGCAGCGCCUGCCGGUUCCUCCACGGGCUUCCCGACGACGCCGCCGUCACCGCCGCGGCGGUGGCCGCGGGGAGCAAAAUGGAUGCCGUGGUGGAGCAGCAGUGCCAGGAGCUGCUGCUGAGGUCCAAAAGCCAGAGGCUGGGUGGCGCUUCCCAGCUCAUGGCCUCCGCCUUCCCCUACUCCCCUACUGUCUCCGUGCCGCCGUCUCCCUCGUCAUCGAGCAAAUGCCUCAACUUUUUGCUCCAGCAGCAGCAGAAUGAGAGCCAAAGGGCGGCAGCGGCGGCAGCGCUGAUGCUCGGAGGCGACGAGUCUCACAAGUUCAUAGGCCGGUCUAGAAUGGAAAGGAGUGAUUUUGCCGGCAUGGUGAAUCCGGCAUCGAGGCAGAUUUAUUUGACCUUUCCGGCCGACAGCACUUUUCGCGAAGAAGAUGUCUCAAACUAUUUCAGCAUUUAUGGGCCAGUUCAGGACGUGAGGAUCCCAUACCAGCAGAAGAGGAUGUUUGGGUUCGUGACCUUCGUCUACCCGGAAACGGUGAAGCUUAUCCUGGCCAAGGGGAACCCUCACUUCGUGUGCGACGCCCGGGUCCUCGUCAAGCCCUACAAGGAGAAGGGAAAAGUCCCCGACAAGUACAGGAAGCAGCAGCAGCAGGCCGAGAGGGGGGAUUUCUCCGGCUGUACUACCCCUACUGGCCUCGACUCCAGAGACCCCUAUGACCUUCAGCAGCUCGCAGCAAGGAUGCUGUAUAACAGCACCAGCAGCCAGGAGUUGUUACUGAGGAGGAAGCUAGAAGAGCAGCAGCAGGCAGCGGAGCUGCAGCAGGCCAUUGAGCUCCAAAACAGGCGAUUCAUGGGCCUCCAGCUCCUCGACCUCAAAACCCGAAGCCUCUCCUCCUCCAUGCCCACCUCCACCACCAGCUCCACCAUUGCCACUCCUCCAACCAUCACCAUUCCUGCUCUGGAUUCUAGGAGCAAUGGUGGAAGCCAGGAAGACUCGCCAUCGGAAGGCAGCAAGAGCUUCGGUGAGCCGCCUGGCGCGGCACCAGACCUCAAGGGAAGCACUGCUUCCCACGGACUGCUUCGCCAGACGCCAGUCAACGCUGCCGAUAAGGAGGAAUCUCCCGGUGAGACGACCCCCAAUGGAGAUAGCGAUUUCCAAGAAAGUGCCGAGCAUAACCUGCCGGAUAGUCCCUUUGCUUCGCCCACCAAGACUUCGUUUACGCUGGACUCGUUCUCGGCCGGCGAAGCCGAUAACCUGGCGGCCUCUGCCGCUGCUACGGCUUCCUACAUUGGUACCAGCAACAGCAGCAGCAGCAGCAAUAACCAUCUCUUCACCUCCACACUGCUGCCGGCUACUUCUACACUGGACAUGGCCACCUUCAAAUCUUGCCUCUUCCAGAUGCCCAGGUUCUCGUCCGGUCAUGGAGCGAUAGGAAUGUAAAGUGGGGGUCAGCCCUCCCAAUCAAAGAAGGAAAGAGUGAUAGUGGAAUGGAUAUAGGAAAAGAGAAGUUGCAGUCAGGAUGGAUAGUUUUCCGAAGGUUCAUAUAGUUUUUGUUUUUACAGCUUUUACUAGACUAUAAGUUAUAAGAGUGGCUGUCCACUGUCUCCCCAACCCCUCAAUGCAAUGCCGUAGUGUUGCUGCUUGCAAGAAAGGAAACAGGGAUAGGGGUGGUAAGGGAGAAGAUGGGCAAGGGAAACAACAGCUCGGUCGUCAGCAAUCAAUCAAUCAGCCUACCACCAAUACAGCAUUACGAAAAGCCUGCUACUUUCUACUACUAUUACUAGUACUAGUGCAAGCUAGCUAGCUUACUAGCCUUCAGCUACCAGCCGUUAGAUACUUAACAUUUUGAAUAUCGAGUACAGACACCAAACAGAAGAGAACAGGACAGGACAACAGAAGCCAGACUGAUUUGCGAAAGGAUAGCUAAGCGAAGCAGAGGAAAGGACCACACCAAGCGGAGGAGAAGACGGAGGAUUACAGAGUGAAGGUUUAUUUAUCACCAUGAAGGCUGUCGUCAUCCUCUUGCGUCGUCUCUCUCCUUCCCCCUUCCAUUUGGCUUUUACUUUUUCUACUUUCAUCUUCUUCUUUUUUUUUCCCCAUCUUUUAAAUCUACUGUAGGUAACAGUGAUAAAAGAAAAAAAAAGUGAAAAACGAUAAUUUCAACUUCUUUUUUCACCUGUGUAGAUGUAACAUCUAUAGUUUUACUCUCUUAUUUAGUACUCUUGCCCAUAGUUUUAUCGUCUCUUUAA